AUGUCCAGAACGGAGCACCGCGGGGAGGAGGCGAUCACCAUCGCCAUCGCCGCCAGCGACGAUGGCGAGGCGAUCUGGGCGGCGGAGGAUGAGUACCAGAGCAAGCGGGCCCGGGGAUCUCAGGGAGAUCCCACCGCUGGCGGCAGGUCCUCCAGAUCCGGCGGGAAGAUCUUCUUCAAGACGAAGCUCUGCGGCAAGUUCAGAGCGGGGACCUGCCCCUACGUGACGACCUGCAACUUUGCCCACGGGAUGGAGGAGCUCCGCCGGCCGCCGACGAACUGGCACGACCUCGUCGCCGGCGAGGAGCACCAGAUUCCCACGCUCUCCUCCUCCGCCAACAACGCCGGCGACGGCGAGCGGCCAUACAAGGGGCGGCGCUGCAAGAAGUUCUACACCGGCGAGGGCUGCCCCUACGGAGAUUCCUGCACCUUCCUCCACGACGAGGAGUCCAAAGCUCGGGAGAGCGUCGCCAUCACCGUCGGCAGCGGCGGCGGUGGCGGCGGGUUCGCCGCCGGGUCGACUCAGAAGCCGACCAACUGGAAGACCAGGAUCUGCAACAAGUGGGAGACCACCGGCUACUGUCCCUUCGGCAGCAAGUGCCACUUCGCUCACGGAUCUGCAGGUGCGCCCCCAUGAAAUCUCUCCCCCCAUCUUCCAAAUCGAGAAUUCCGCCGCCGGACCUUCUUCAAUCCUGCUCCAUUUCGACGAUCAUGGUGACCUCCGAUCGUCUUUCUGGAACCAGAGCUGCACAAGUACGGCGGCGGCCUGGUGGAGGCGGAGCGUAGGGAGUCCUCCACCGCUGCGGCGGCAGCGCCGCCGGCGGCCGGCGUCUCGUCGUCGAAGGCCCCGGCGGAGCCGCCGCUGCCGCCGUCAACUGCUUCCGGGGGCACCAUCGCUGCCGCCGACGUCUACCACGUCGGAGUUCCCGCCGGGCAGCGGCCCGCGGCGUCCGGCGGCGGCCGGAGAGACGGUCGGCGGCCUCUGGAACUGUGGAGGGGCCCCGGGAAGAUCAGCCGGAUCUACGGCGACUGGAUCGACGACAACGAGUAG